AUGCGAGACCACUCUCAAUCCAGAUCUACUCCUCAUAGACAGCAGCAACCUGCACAACCUUUGCAUCCCCGCGAUGAUUAUACUCGACCUAAUGUCUGGUCUAGAGAUACGGAAUCUCAUGGAUCAUUUAGGAGCCCACAUGUCCCUUUACAACCAUCCCAGUCUACAUCUCAGCGUGCUCGUCAAGAUCUACCCCACUCAUAUCGAGGGGGAAAUACGCAGCCAUCAUCUACCUCGGCAAAUUUCAAUGAGCGAGGUUAUUCGCAAGGAUCUGCACCAUUUUCUAGCCGAACUGCAUCUGGAUCUGCAGUGGAUGAUUAUCCAAAACGAUCUAGUAGAUAUGCUCGCAUUGGUAGCGACUCUCCCGACUUUUUACCUCGCCGGCAACUUCAAUCUGCUUCUGCAACAGAGUCUGUUGCUGCCAACUCAACUGUAUCAACUGGAGGUUUUACUGGAUUCCAUGGUUCUUCCACUAAUCCCGGAGUAGACUCGACAUCCAUGUACAAGAAUCGAAACGCAUAUUCUGGUAGCUCAGCAAGAAAUCAAGACAAAGAUACUCAUAUUCGGAAAGAGCGAUUUGGUAACACUGGAUAUAGAGGUGGGCCAGAUAGAGAUACAGCAUAUGGCGCAAGUCCUAGAUUUGGAGAAGGAAAUGGUUCAUGGCAACGUUCAGCUACAAACCAAGGGUCCGGUCGUGACAAUGAUGAGAGAUGGCUACUCUCAUAUAAACGGGACAGACCUGCCAGGUUUGAUCGAGAUUUGGAUCGACCGCCUGCUUCCCCAUAUUCCAGAGGCUAUUUUAGACCUAGAGAAGAAGGCUUUAGAUUGUAA